CGGAUUUUGCCGGGUUUUCAGCAGCUUUGUCUUUUACCACCUCUCUUCUUUCUCAGAGUUUAAUCUUCACCUUUCUGGAAUCCGCAGCAAAAAAAUUUGCAGUAAAUAAAAAGUUGGAACUGCGAUGGAUUCUUACCAAAAACAAAUUAUAAAAAUCAAUAAAGUAAUUCAAACCCAGUAAGAAAGUCCAUCUCUUUCUCUCUCUUAUUUCCUAUUAAACCCCAUCAUUCCUCUUCCUUCUUUUUCUAAGCUUUAAGCAACCAGACCCAUCAAAUCAAGUCGCUCUCUUUCUCCGAUGGAGGACUAGAUCCGCCUCAGCAUUUUCUGAUCCAACAAGGUGGUGUUGAUUGUUAGGGGUUAAGUUUUGGAUUGGGUUUAAAAUGGCGAUGGGUAAGUAUAGUAGAGUUGAUAAUAGGAGGUCGGCGGCGAGUUACUGCUCGACGGUGACCAUUGUGGUGUUUGUGGCAUUGUGCUUGGUGGGGGUUUGGAUGAUGACGUCAUCGUCGGUGGUGCCGGUGCAGAAUGUGGAUGUGGCUCAGGAGAAUAAGAGUGAGGUGGUGAAGGAGGAACAAGUGAGUGAGACCAGUGAGGGGAAUAGCAAGCAGUUUGAGGAUAACCCGGGGGAUUUACCGGAGGAUGCGACGAAAGGAGAUAGCAAUGAGGGUGGUAAUCAGGUGGAAGAGAAGCAGGAGGAGAAGGGUGAGGAGAAGAGUGAAGAGAAGAUUGAGGAGAAAACAGAAGAUGGGUCGAAAACUGAGACUGAGGAUGGAGGAAGUAAGACUGAAGAGGGAGAGUCUAAGGGAAAUGAUGAUUCAAAUUCUGAAGAUGGAGAGAAGAAAAGUGAGGGUGACAAUGAGAAAAAGGACGAUUUGGGUGAGGGUGAGGGUGACAAUGAAAAGAAAUCGGAUGAUGACAAUGAAAAGAAAGCAGAAAACACCGAUGAAACAAAGGAGAAUACUCAAAUUGAGGAGAAAGUGGAAACAACUGACAAGGAGCAAGAUAGUGAGAAAUCGGAGAAUGGGCAGGCUGUGAACCAGAGUUCAACUGAGGUGUUUCCUUCUGUUGCUCAGUCAGAGCUUCUGAAUGAGACUACUGUCCAAAAUGGGUCCUGGUCAACUCAGUCGGCAGAGUCAAAGAAUGAAAAGGAGGCUCAACGUUCUUCUGACCAGCAAACUGGUUACAACUGGAAACUUUGUAACUCAACUGCUGGGCCUGAUUUCAUCCCAUGCCUUGACAAUUUGCAAGCCAUUAGGAGUCUUCAAAGUACCAAGCAUUAUGAACAUCGCGAGAGGCACUGUCCUGAGGAGCCUCCCACAUGCCUUCUUCCCCUUCCAGAAGGAUAUAAACGCCCAAUUGAGUGGCCAACGAGCAGGGAAAAGAUAUGGUACUAUAAUGUCCCCCAUACCAAACUUGCCGAAAUUAAGGGGCAUCAGAACUGGGUCAAAGUCACUGGCGAAUUCCUUACUUUCCCUGGUGGUGGAACCCAAUUCAAGCAUGGUGCUCUUCAUUAUAUAGAUUGGAUACAAGAGUCUGUUCCUGAUAUUGCCUGGGGAAAACGUUCUCGUGUCAUAUUAGAUGUUGGAUGUGGGGUUGCAAGCUUUGGAGGAUUUUUAUUUGACAGAGAUGUCCAAGCAAUGUCCUUUGCCCCAAAAGAUGAGCAUGAAGCUCAAGUCCAGUUUGCACUUGAAAGAGGAAUUCCUGCUAUAUCUGCUGUGAUGGGCACACAGAGACUUCCUUAUCCUAGUAGAGUUUUUGAUGUUGUCCACUGUGCCCGCUGCAGGGUUCCCUGGCACAUAGAAGGUGGUAAGCUUCUAUUAGAGCUGAAUCGUGUGUUGAGACCUGGUGGUUUCUUUGUGUGGUCUGCUACCCCAGUAUAUCAGAAGAAACAUGACGAUGUUGAAAUAUGGGAAGCCAUGAAGGAACUAACAGAGAAGAUUUGUUGGAAACUUGUCACAAUUAAUAAGGAUGCACUAAAUGGAAUUGGUGCAGCUAUAUACAGAAAGCCUACCACCAAUGAGUGUUAUGAGCAAAGAUCACAAAACCACCCUCCUAUCUGUGACAAGUCUGAUGAUCCGAAUGCAGCAUGGAAAGUACCAUUACAAGCAUGCUUGCACAAAGUUCCUGUAGAUGCAUCAGAGCGUGGAUCUCAGUGGCCUGAGCAAUGGCCAGCAAGGUUGGACAAGGCGCCAUAUUGGUUGUUGAGUUCUCAGACUGGAGUUUAUGGAAAACCGGCUCCUGAGGAUUUCACUGCAGACUAUGAGCACUGGAAACGCGUGGUAGACAAGUCUUAUUUAAAUGGAAUGGGCAUUAAUUGGUCAUCGGUUAGGAAUGUCAUGGAUAUGAGAUCUGUUUAUGGAGGAUUUGCUGCGGCUCUGAAAGAUUUGAAACUUUGGGUCAUGAAUAUAGUCACGAUAGACUCUCCAGACACCUUACCCAUAAUUUAUGAGCGAGGUCUUUUUGGCAUGUAUCAUGAUUGGUGUGAAUCAUUUAGCACCUAUCCUAGGUCUUAUGAUCUUCUCCACGCAGACCAUCUGUUUUCCCUGCUCAAGAAGAGGUGCAAGUUAGUCGCUGUAGUUGCAGAGGUUGAUCGGAUCCUUCGACCAGAGGGAAAACUUAUUGUUCGGGACACUGUCGAGACAAUUAAUGAGCUGGAGAGCAUGUUGAAGUCUAUGCAGUGGGAGGUUCGCAUGACCUAUUCCAAGGACAAGGAGGGAUUGCUAUGUGUCCAGAAGUCGAUGUGGCGGCCUAAAGAGACGGAGACAGUCAAGUACGCCAUUGCUUAAGCAUGCUCCCAAGGGCCCCUUGGCAAGGGGAUUAUACCAUUCUUUUUGUUUUGGUUGUUAAUUCAAAUUCGAGGCAAUUGUACUUUAUAUUAGCCAUCUGUAUCAUUUAGUUAGGGUCUUGCAGUGUUUAUCAUUUUUUUUUUGUAUCAAUUUGGUUGAUGUUGCUAUAUCCCACUGUAAUAUUGCAUCACUAGUUGUCUAUUAAACAAUGAACACAGUUUUGCUAUUGGAGGCGUUUGUUACACCGGAUGU